GUAGUUCUGCCUGCGUGGUUCCGUAGCGUGCAGCGUGGUGGGUCCACAGCGUGGUUCCGCAGCGUGCAGCGUGGUUCCGCAGCGUAGUUCCGCAGCGUGCAGCGUGGUUCCGCCUGCGUGGUUGUGCCGCUCCUCCACGCCAGACGGAGGAAAGUGAUUUAUGGACAUUGAGUUGACAAGCGGCCGCCGGCAGAGUCAGUGUUGGUUGCUCUCUUCAGGCACUUUUUGUUCCUUUGCAGUUAAAACAAGCAAAAGACGAAGAAGGAGAAUUACAACGCCAUGGCUCCUACAAUAUAUGAGAGUUCAACAACAAAAGGUAGUGGCCCUAGCAGACCUGCCCUAGAGGCUGAGCUCAGGGAGCUGUUGGGGAAGAGGAUCAUGAUACUAGAUGGAGGGAUGGGCACCAUGAUCCAGGAGAGGCGAUUGGAGGAGGAACACUUCAGGGGGGAGGAGUUUAAAGACCACACCCACAGCCUGAGGGGCAACAACGACCUGCUGAGCAUCACACAGAGUGAUGUCAUCUACAGUAUACACAAGGAAUACCUGCUGGCCGGGGCAGACAUCAUUGAGACCAACACUUUCAGUAGCACCUGUAUCGCCCAGGCCGACUACGGACUGGGACACUUGGCUUAUCGUAUGAACAAGGUGUCAGCAGAAAUAGCCAGGAAAGCAGCAGAUGACAUCACCAACCAGACAGGUUGUAAGAGAUACGUGGCGGGCGCCGUGGGCCCCACCAAUAAAACCCUGUCUGUGUCUCCCUCAGUGGAAAGACCAGACUUCAGGAACGUCACCUUUGAUGAGCUGGCUGAGGCUUACGCCGAGCAGGUCCGGGGUCUGUUGGAUGGAGGAGCGGAUAUUAUCAUGGUGGAGACCAUCUUUGACACGGCCAACGCCAAGGCAGCACUGUUUGCUAUCGACAAACUGUUUGAAGAGAGCUACGAACCCAGACCUAUAUUUAUAUCAGGCACCAUCGUGGACAGGAGUGGUCGAACUCUAUCAGGACAGACGGGAGAGGCCUUCGUCAUCAGUGUGUCCCAUGCCAAACCCCUCUGUAUUGGUCUUAACUGUGCCUUAGGAGCCACUGAGAUGAGGCCUUUUAUUCAGGCUAUUGGGAAAUGCACCACGGCUCAUGUCUUGUGCUACCCCAAUGCAGGUCUCCCCAAUACGUUCGGUGGAUACGAUGAGACCCCGGAGUUGACAGCCUCACAUUUAAAGGACUUUGCUACAGAUGGUCUGGUGAAUCUGGUUGGUGGAUGCUGUGGAACGACUCCUGCACACAUCAGGGCCAUUGCUGAGAAAGUGAAGCACUGCCAUCCCAGAGUGCCCCCUACUGACGUCUUUCAGGACUACAUGCUACUCGCAGGUCUGGAGCCAUUCAGGAUCGGUCCGUACACUAAUUUCGUCAACAUCGGCGAGCGGUGCAAUGUGGCUGGAUCAAGGAAGUUCGCCAAGCUGAUCAUGUCGGGAAACUACGAGGAGGCGUUGAGCAUAGCUAAGACCCAGGUGGAGAUGGGAGCCCAGGUGUUGGACAUCAACAUGGACGAGGGGAUGUUGGAGGGUCCUGCCGCCAUGGCCCGGUUCUGCUGUCUCAUAUCCUCCGAGCCUGACAUCGCCAGGGUACCUCUGUGUAUAGACUCGUCGAACUUCGAGGUGAUCAAGGCGGGGCUGAAGUGUUGUCAGGGGAAGUGUAUCGUGAACAGCAUCAGUCUGAAGGAAGGAGAAGAGGAGUUUCUCCAGAGGGCUACGACUGUCAGACGCUACGGGGCUGCCGUGGUGGUUAUGGCCUUCGACGAGGAGGGUCAGGCUACCGAGACAGAGCGCAAGGUCGACAUCUGCAGCAGAGCCUAUCGCCUCCUGGUAACUCAAGUGGGCUUUGACCCCAACGACAUCAUCUUUGACCCCAACAUCCUGACCAUCGGCACGGGCAUGGAGGAACACAGCGAGUACGCCAUCAACUUCAUCAGAGCCACCAGGCUCAUUAAGGAGUUGUUGCCUGGGGCCAGGAUCAGUGGAGGCCUGUCCAACCUGUCCUUCUCCUUCAGAGGCAUGGAGGUCAUCAGAGAGGCCAUGCAUGGAGCCUUCCUCUACCACGCUAUCAAGGACGGUAUGGACAUGGGCAUAGUGAACGCUGGCAGCCUGCCUGUCUAUGAUGAUAUCGACAAGGAGCUCCUGCUCAUGUGUGAGAACCUUAUCUGGAACAAAGACCCGGAGGCCACAGAGAAACUACUGCUGUACGCACAGAGCUGUGCCAAAGGAGGGAAGAAGGUGGUCCAGACGGAUGAGUGGCGAGAGGGAACAGUGGAGGAGAGGCUGGAGUAUGGGCUCAUCAAGGGUAUAGAUAAGUAUGUGGUAGAGGACACAGAGGAGGCGAGGUCCCAGGCUGAGCUCUAUCCGAGGCCCCUACACGUCAUCGAGGGGCCUCUGAUGAACGGCAUGAAGGUGGUGGGAGACCUGUUUGGAGCUGGGAAGAUGUUCCUACCUCAGGUGAUAAAAUCUGCACGUGUGAUGAAGAAGGCUGUCGCCCACCUGAUCCCCUUCAUGGAGAAGGAGAGAGAGGCCAUGCUACUGGCAUCAGGAUCAGUAGAGGAGAUUGACCCCUACCAGGGCACCAUAGUGUUGGCCACAGUGAAGGGAGACGUCCACGACAUCGGAAAGAACAUUGUAGGAGUGGUGCUGGGCUGCAACAACUUCAGAGUGAUCGAUCUGGGGGUCAUGAUUCCAUGCGACAGGAUAUUGAGGGAAGCCAUCGACUGCAAAGCAGACAUCAUCGGUCUGUCUGGCCUCAUCACGCCCUCACUGGAUGAGAUGAUCUACGUUGCCAAGGAGAUGGAGCGGCUUGGGAUGAAGACCCCACUGCUGAUCGGAGGGGCCACCACCUCCAAGACCCACACGGCAGUGAAGAUCGCUCCCCGUUACAGCUGUCCUGUGGUGCAUGUUCUGGAUGCUUCCAGGAGUGUGGUGGUGUGUUCCCAGCUGCUAGAUGAGAAUGUGAAGGAAGAGUUUUUUGAGGAGACGACAGAGGAGUACGAAGACAUCAGACAGGACCACUAUGACUCUCUAAAGGAGAGGCGCUUCCUGUCUCUAGCCCAGGCCAGGGAGAAAGGACUCCAUGUGGAUUGGCUUUCUCAGGCCAAACCAGUGUGCCCUCAGUUCCUGGGUACCCGUGUGUUUGAGGGGUAUGACCUGCGGAGGCUGGUGGACUAUAUUGACUGGAAGCCUUUCUUUGACGUGUGGCAGCUGAGAGGGAAGUACCCUAACAGAGGGUACCCCAAGAUCUUCAAGGACAAAACCGUGGGUGAGGAGGCUCGGAGGGUGUUUGACGACGCCCAGCGGCUCCUCAACAGACUGAUAGAUAAUAAGGGUCUCUGGGGGCGUGGCCUGGUGGGCUUCUGGCCCGCCCAGAGUGUAGGAGACGACAUCCAGGUGUACGAACAUGACGUCACACCUCGCUCCUCCACGCCCCUCGCCACCUUCUACGGACUACGCCAACAGGCAGAGAAGGACAGUGCCAGCUCAGACCCCUACUACUGCCUGUCCGACUUCGUGGCCCCGAGGGCCAGCCGUGUGUCGGACUACAUGGGGAUGUUUGCUGUAGCUGUGUUCGGAGCGGAGGAGCUGAGCAAACAGUUUGAGACCCAGGGAGACGACUACAACAGUAUCAUGGUGAAGGCUCUGGCAGACCGCCUGGCUGAGGCGUUUGCCGAGGAGCUCCACGCCAGGGUGCGUAGGGAGCUGUGGGGCUACAGCAUGGAGGAGAACCUCCCGACUGAGGACAUGCACAGGAUCCGUUACGAGGGCAUCAGGCCAGCCGCAGGAUACCCCUCCCAGCCCGACCACACUGAGAAGACCGCCAUGUGGACACUGGGCGAGGUAGAGGAGAAGACGGGUAUCAAGUUGACUGAGUCUCUGGCCAUGACCCCAGCAGCUGCUGUCUCUGGGCUGUACUUCUCUCACCCUAAAGCUACCUACUUCGCUGUGGGAAAGGUCACCAGAGAACAGGUGGAGGACUAUGCUGGGAGGAAAGAGAUGCCAGUGUCUGAGGUGGAACGCUGGCUGGGGCCGAUCCUGGGCUACGACACUGACUGACAGUGAUACUUCAACCAAUCCUGGGCCACGACACUGACUGACAGUGAUACUUCAACCAAUCCUGAGCUAUGACACUGACUGACAGUGAUACUUCAACCAAUCCUGGGCUACGACACUAAUGCAUCCACAACCACUACCUAGAAAACAGACGCGCUGCUCAAUGGUCAUGUCUAGAUGGGAUACAGCUUUUGUCAAAUUGAUGUCAAAAGUUGACAAAUUCUAACCCUUUUCCCAACCUUAACCCAAUUCUCCUAACCUGCUACGUUAAUUCUCCCUAACCUGCUACGUUAAUUCUCCCAAACCUGCUACGUUAAUUCUCCCAAACCUGCUACGUUAAUUCUCCCAAACCUGCUACGUUAAUUCUCCCUAACCUGCUACGUUAAUUCUCCCUAACCUGCUACGUUAGUUCUCCCUAACCUGCUACGUUAAUUCUCCCAAACCUACGUUAAUUCUCCCAAACCUGCUUCGUUAAUUCUUUCAAACCUGCUACGUUAGUUCUCCCUAACCCGCUACGUUAGUUCUCCCUAACCUGCUACGUUAGUUCUCCCUAACCUGCUACGUUAAUUCUCUCAAACCUGCUACGUUAGUUCUCCCUAACCUGCUACGUUAAUUCUCCCUAACCUGCUACGUUAGUUCUCCCUAACCUGCUACGUUAGUUCUCCCUAACCUGCUACGUUAAUUCUCUCAAACCUGCUACGUUAGUUCUCCCUAACCUGCUACGUUAAUUCUCCCUAACCUGCUACGUUAGUUCUCCCUAACCUGCUACGUUAAUUGUCCCAAACCUGCUACGUUAAUUCUCCCUAACCUGCUACGUUAAUUCUCCCAAACCUGCUUCGUUAAUUCUUUCAAACCUGCUACGUUAGUUCUCCCUAACCUGCUACGUUAGUUCUCCCUAACCUGCUAUGUUAGUUCUCCCUAACCUGCUACGUUAAUUCUCUCAAACCUGCUACGUUAGUUCUCCCUAACCUGCUACGUUAAUUCUCUCUAACCUGCUACGUUAGUUCUCCCUAACCUGCUACGUUAAUUGUCCCAAACCUGCUACGUUAAUUCUCCCUAACCUGCUACGUUAAUUCUCUCAAACCUGCUACGUUAGUUCUCCCUAACCUGCUACGUUAAUUCUCUCAAACCUGCUACGUUAAUUCUCCCUAACCUGCUACGUUAAUUCUCCCUAACCUGCUACGUUAAUUCUCUCAAACCUGCUACGUUAAUUCUCCCUAACCUACGUUAAUUCUCCCAAACCUGCUACGUUAAUUCUCCCAAACCUGCUACGUUAAUUCUCCCAAACCUGCUACGUUAAUUCUCCCUAACCUGCUACGUUAAUUCUCCCUAACCUGCUACGUUAAUUCUCCCAAACCUGCUACGUUAGUUCUCCCUAACCUGCUACGUUAAUUCUCCCAAACCUGCUACGUUAGUUCUCCCUAACCUGCUACGUUAAUUCUCCCAAACCUGCUACGUUAGUUCUCCCUAACCUGCUACGUUAGUUCUCCCUAACCUGCUACGUUAAUUCUCUCAAACCUGCUACGUUAGUUCUCCCUAACCUGCUACGUUAAUUCUCUCAAACCUGCUACGUUAAUUCUCCCUAACCUGCUACGUUAAUUCUCUCAAACCUGCUACGUUAAUUCUCCCUAACCUGCUACGUUAAUGCUCCCAAACCUGCUACAUUAAUGCUCCUAACUUGCUACAAAAAGUACAUUCUGAAAAAAUCUGCAUCCCUUCUAGACCCUGCUUAGGGCCAGAUCAUUUUAAAAACUACACUUCCAGUGAAUCGAGGCUCAACUUGAAAAAAAUAAGUUUAAUUUUUAUAGCUAUUUUCAAAAUGGCCACCUGUCAGUUAAGAAAUGGAGCUGUUUUUGUAUGGUCUAACAUUUGACAGUUUUAAUACAACAACUGUUGCCAAUGUCAUUUAUACAUUAUUCUGGCAAUCACAAUCUUAGAUUUGAAUAAUUAACAGAUAUGGUUUAAUUUCAGAAUUGGAUCAUUAGGGACAUAUUUGGUUCUAAAAGACGUACAUUUCCUCAGCAGUUUUUAUUUGAGAUUGUAUUUAUGCUAAUUAGAUACAACUUGUUUACAAAAUUUAUAAUUAGUAAAAAUGGUCUUAAUUACAAAAUGUACACUUACUUGACACGCCAUAUUAAUGUCUAAACCUCUAUAAAAAGGUACAUGUUUUUUAUGAAUGGUUAUUGUAAAAUACAGAUUUGAAUGAUUUGGAUUGUUUCACAAUUUGUCUUUAAAGAAAUGUGCCAAAAACUAUUGACUGACCUGUUAUCAUUGUCAUUUUGCAAUGUUAUCGAUUUAUCCUGGAGGUGUCCACUAUUUCUGAAAAGAAGUAGUGAUUUAUUUUAUUUUAUGAAUGUUCUGAGAUUACAGAACAUUAGUAUAAAAUAAUUUACUCAG